UACCCUGCUUCCAACAUGGCCGAGCAGUACGAGUACGACAUGGAGGACGAGGAGCUGUACGAGGAGGAUGAGGGCGUCACCUCGGAAGACAGCUGGACCGUCAUCACUUCUUUCUUCGAAACAAAGGGCCUCGUGUCGCAGCAGCUCGACUCAUACGACGAAUUCACGCGCAACACAAUACAAGACAUUGUCUCGGAGAACGGUAAUGUCAUUCUCGAGCAGAACCAACCGUACGACCCGGACGUUGACCGAGAUCCCAUCAUCAAACGACGGUAUCAAAUCACCUUUGGUCGCGUCUUUCUCGCACGGCCUACACAUGUCGAAGGCGAUGGCUCAACGAAUCAGCUCUACCCCCACGAAGCGCGUUUGCGUAACCUUACAUACUCGAGCGCCAUGAUGGCUACCAUCGAUAACAAAAUCAUGAUUGCCCGCGAGACGACGGCCCCGGCUGACGAUGAUGAUGAAACAAUGGAGAAUUAUGGGGGCACACAGAUUAAAUGGGAGCGUGAGGAUCCGAUAGACCAGGAAUCGGCGCAAGUGUUCAUCGGGAAGCUGCCGGUCAUGCUUCGGUCGGAGCUGUGCCACUUGCGCAACCAGACGGAUGAGGCUCUGUUUGGAUUGAACGAGUGCCCUUACGAUCAGGGCGGCUACUUUGUCAUCAAUGGUUCCGAGAAGGUCUUGAUUGCCCAGGAGCGUAGUGCGGCAAACAUCGUCCAGGUCUUCCGCAAGAAGCAGGGUCCCAUUCCAUGGAUCGCCGAGAUUCGAAGUGCUGUCGAGAAAGGUACACGUCUUAUUUCGUCCUUCAACAUCAAGUGGACCGAGAACUCGCAAUUGCAGCCGCGUACUCCAGGUCCGUUUGUGUACGCUACACUCCCAUACAUCAAAGCCGACGUCCCCAUGGGUCUCGUUUUCCGUGCGCUUGGUAUCGUUUCCGACCAAGAUAUUCUCAAUCACAUUUGCUACGAUCACAGAGAUACCCCUCUGCUGGAGCUGUUGAAGCCCAGUAUCGAAGAAUCCUCCGUGGUACAAGACAAGGAGUCAGCGCUGGACUACAUCGGAAAGCGUGGCAUAAGCCAGGGUGCAACCAAGGACAAGCGUCUCAAGUUCGCAAAGGACAUCAUGAUGCGCGAGUUCUUACCGCACAUUUCACAAAAGGAAGGUCAGGACACGCGUAAAGCGUUCUUCUUCGGUUACAUGGUGCACCGGCUGCUUCAAUGUGUUCUUGGACGUCGCGAGGAAGACGACCGUGAUCACUUUGGAAAGAAGCGAUUGGAUCUGGCGGGUCCUUUGAUCGCCAACCUCUUCCGAAUCCUCUUCCUCAAGCUUACCAAAGACGUCUACAAAUACCUCCAGAGGUGUGUGGAGAACCACCAGGAGUUCAACGUGCAAAUCGCAAUCAAAGGCGCAGUCAUCACCAACGGCCUGAAGUAUUCGUUGGCUACCGGCAAUUGGGGUGACCAGAAGAAAGCCGCAUCAGCAAAAGCCGGUGUAUCCCAAGUGUUGAACCGAUACACCUACGCAUCUACCUUGUCCCAUUUGCGACGCACAAACACCCCCGUCGGACGUGACGGAAAGCUGGCCAAGCCUCGUCAGCUGCACAACAGUCAUUGGGGUCUCGUCUGCCCGGCUGAAACGCCCGAAGGACAGGCCUGUGGUCUGGUGAAGAAUUUGUCUCUCAUGUGCUAUGUCAGUGUCGGCAGCGAGAGUCAGCCCAUUACAGAUUUCAUGAUUGGUCGAAAUAUGGAAUUGCUCGAGGAAUAUGAUCCUCAGAUGAAUCCCACGGCCACCAAGGUGUUCGUCAACGGUGUCUGGGUCGGAACACACAGCAACCCGCAGCAACUCAUCAGUACUGUGCAGGAGCUUCGACGGAACGGUACUCUUUCUUACGAAAUGAGUUUGGUGCGCGACAUUCGAGAUCGGGAGUUUAAGAUCUUUACCGAUGCUGGACGUGUGAUGAGGCCGCUGUUCGUGGUAGAGACUGAUCCCCGCAAGUCGAUGAAAGAUCGGUUAAGGUUCACAAAACAGCACUUGCACAUGCUCCACAAUGACGAGAGUAUCGACACCGCUGGAAUGAGCGACAAGGAACAGAGCGAGGCCAAGUACGGCUGGAGAGGUCUUUUGCAGAACGGAUGCGUAGAGUAUCUGGACGCAGAAGAAGAGGAAUCGGCCAUGAUUGUGUUCUCACCCGAGGAUCUCGACGAGUGGCGCGACAUGAAGCAGGGCAACACGGCCGUUCAAGAGCAGCCAGCGGACAGACGACUGGCACCUGUCAAACCAAAGCCAAAUCCGGCCGUCGCCGCAUACACUCACUGCGAGAUUCACCCAGCCAUGAUUCUUGGUAUCUGCGCCAGUAUCAUUCCCUUCCCCGACCACAACCAAUCUCCGCGUAACACUUACCAAUCUGCUAUGGGUAAACAAGCCAUGGGUGUGGCGCUGACCAACUACGCGCUCCGCAUGGAAACCAUGAUGAAUGUCUUGUACUACCCGCAGAAGCCUCUCGCCACGACUCGUUCCAUGGAGUACUUGCGAUUCCGUGAGCUUCCGGCCGGUCAGAACGCCAUUGUCGCCAUUGCCUGUUAUUCUGGAUACAACCAGGAAGAUUCCGUCAUCAUGAACCAGAGCAGCAUCGAUCGCGGUUUGUUCAGAAGUCUGUUCUACCGUGCCUACACGGAGCAGGAGAAACGCAUCGGUGUGAACGUGCUCGAGCAGUUCGAGAAGCCGACCCGCGCCGACACUAUGAGGUUGAAAGCGGGCACGUAUGACAAGCUCGACGACGAUGGUGUUGUGGCGCCUGGUGUCCGUGUAUCCGGUGACGACGUUAUCAUUGGCAAAACUGCGCCUAUUCCUGCCGAUACCAAGGAGCUGGGCCAGAAGACGUCGCUGCACACCAAACGUGAUGUAUCGACCCCGCUUAGGAGCACAGAGAACGGUAUCAUUGACCAAGUGCUGUUUACCACUAACACCGAAGGCUUGCGAUUCGUCAAGGUCCGCACUCGUACCACCAAGGUGCCGCAAAUUGGCGACAAGUUUGCCUCGCGUCACGGACAGAAGGGUACGAUUGGUAUAACAUACCGUCAGGAAGACAUGCCGUUCACGCGCGACGGUCUCACGCCAGAUAUCAUCAUCAACCCUCACGCCAUUCCCUCCCGUAUGACUAUUGCUCAUUUGGUCGAGUGUUUGCUGUCCAAGGUUGGUGCCAUUAACGCGCGUGAGGGCGACGCUACUCCCUUCAUGGACAUUACCGUCGACCAAGUCUCCAAUUUGCUCCUUGAGAAGGGAUUCCAGAAGCGAGGCUUCGAGAUUAUGUACAACGGCCACACCGGACGCAAACUGCGUCACCAAAUCUUCUUGGGCCCGACGUACUACCAGCGCUUGAGGCACAUGGUCGACGACAAGAUCCACGCCCGCGCUCGCGGUCCCCUGCAGAUUCUUACUAGGCAGCCUGUGGAAGGUCGUGCGCGUGAUGGUGGUCUGCGUUUCGGAGAAAUGGAGCGCGAUUGCAUGAUUGCGCAUGGUGCAGCAGCCUUUUUGAAGGAGCGUCUUUUUGAGGUCUCGGAUGCGUAUCGCGUCCACGUGUGCGAUAUCUGCGGGUUGAUGAGUCCCAUCGCGCAAAUCAAGAAGGGUCUUUACGAGUGCCGUCCUUGCCAUAACAAGGAGCGCAUUUCGCAGAUUCAGAUCCCGUACGCUGCGAAGCUGCUGUUCCAGGAGCUCAUGGCUAUGAACAUUGCCACGCGCAUGUUUACGGAUCGUUCGGGACUUUCUGUGCGUGAUUAA